GUUUGUGUAAUGAAAUAUUCCUGGCGGUACAGCCAAAAAAUGGGUGAAGACAUGACCUUAUACAAGUGAAUGUAUACUCUGUAGACCAUUAGCUUGUAACAAAAUGGGUCUGACGGCCUGGCAUGGCACGCGAGGAGAGUGGGCAGCACGGGCAGCAUUGCCAGCAUGACCGUGACACUGCUAUGGAGCUGUGCGUGCAGGGCCUAACACGAUGUCUGGUAACUAGAGUCAUACAGCAAGGCCCCGCCAGAGUCUUCCUGAGGCAGCCCACCAGCCGGCGGCGAGCGGCGGACACAUUCCGGCAGCAGUUUCUGGGAAUCCGCGGCCUGAACACCAUGGCGACCACAGCAGCAGCCAGCCCCGGCCAGGCACAGGUCCCCACGGCGGGCAUCAUCAUUAUUGGGGACGAGAUCUUGAAGGGCCAGACACAGGACACAAACACUUUCUUCUUCACCAAACACUUGCACAGCUUUGGAGUCAAAGUCAAAAGGGUGUCUGUGAUUCCUGAUGAUGUUGAGACCAUUGCCAAGGAAGUCGCACAAUUUUCUGAACAGUAUACUUAUGUUCUGACGUCCGGAGGCAUUGGCCCAACGCACGAUGACAUCACAUUUGAAGGAGUGGCUGCUGCCUUUGGAGAGAAAGUGAAGCCUCAUCCAAUCCUGGUGAAGCUGAUCAAGGGCUACUUCAAGACAGACGAUCUGAGCUCACCUGCAAUGAAGAUGGCCCAUAUUCCAGAAUCUGCUGUGCUGCACUUUGGGGAGGAGAGGUCAAGUGGGACCAAGUCUCACUAUCCCAUUGUUGGGGUGAAGAAUGUCACAAUCUUUCCAGGUGUCCCUCAUCUUCUGGAGAAGGGCUUUGCUCUCAUGGGGAAGAAACUCUUCCACACCCCUGGCCUUGGCUUCAUCAGUGAUGUGGUCUAUGUAACUGCUGAUGAAGUGUCUAUCGCCACAAUCCUCAAUGAAACAGUGGAAAAGUUCCCUAAAGUGUCUUUUGGCUCCUACCCCAAGUUGUUCCACAGUUACUACAAAACUAAAAUUACUCUUGAGUCCCUCGACCCCUCAGUUGUAUCUGUUGCCAAGGAGUACCUGGAAAGCAGACUCCCUGAAGAGGUGACGAUAGACUACCAGGAGGACACGGUCACCUCUCCGUGGGAACACAUUGACAGGCUGCUGGAGGCACAGCCGUCCCUGCAGGGGCCUAUGCAGGAGGCCAGUGACAUCAUCAAGCAGUGUAUGGAGAAGUACAGCUUGGAUGAGAUCUGCCUCUGCUACAAUGGUGGCAAGGACUGUCUGGCUGUGCUGCACCUGGCCCAUGCGCUGAUGCGGCGGCAGCAACCAGACCUCAAGCUGCAGGCGGUCUACAUCACUGAGGACAAGGCCUUCCCGCAGGUCAAUGAGUUUGUCCAGCAGUCCAUCAACAGGUAUGACCUUGACUGUGAGGUGCUGCCGGGCCCCAUGAAGAGUGCCUUGUUCACGCUGCUGGAGAAGAGGCCCAAGAUCAAGGCCGUCAUCAUGGGCACCCGGCGAAGCGACCCAUACUCAGACAUGCUUGGCUUCUUCACCCCCACUGAUGGUGACUGGCCCCCAAUGAUGCGCGUCACCCCCAUUCUCAACUGGAAGUACAACAACAUCUGGGAUUUCAUCAGAGGUCUCUACCUGCCUUACUGCUCCUUGUAUGACCGAGGCUACACAUCCAUAGGGAGUCAGCACAACACAUUGCCCAACCCAUUACUGGUGGCCAAGGACCGCAUUGGGCAGGUGAUGUACCUGCCGGCGUACUUCCUGCAGCAGCCUGACAUGGAGCGCCGUGGACGGGUCUCCAGCAAACAGUGAUGUGGGGCAGCAGCAGAGGUGGGGGGGCAGGGGACAGUGGCAGGGCAAGGCAAAAGCAGUGGCAGGGCAAGGCAGCAGCAGCAGCAGCAGGGGGGAGACAGUGGCAGGGCAAGGCAGCUGCAUAUCUACUUUCGAAACAAAAUUUCAACUGCAGGUUGUGUGCGAAGAUAUGGCACUAAUUUAUAUUAUUGCUACUUCUUAGCUCAAACUGUACCUAUUUUUUUAGUUGACAGCUGGAAGGCAGGUGCUUUUUCAGCUAUAAAAUGCAGGGAUGGAAAUUAUGAAGCUAUGUAGUACUUCUUGGCAUCUGAGCCCUUAGGAUUCAGAAAUAUAUGCAGGUUAACUAGUUAGCAUUAAAGUAUUUAAUCUUUUAAGGAAAUGGCAAAAGUGAAUGAACUUCAUCUUUAAAAGUAAGAAAAUAUCUUGCAUAAAUUUGAUUUAUGCCUAAUAAUUAGUCACCAUACAAUGGAAUACUUAGUGGUCUGCACUGAUGUACCAACUGCCAGACCACAAUAAUCUAAUUAUUCAAAGCAAUUAUUUUUUUUCAACUGAAAUUUUUAUUGACUGAAUGGAAUAACCCCUUUAAAGUUUAAAGUUACUAAACACAUUUCUUAUGUUAUAAAAAGUACUGUCUUUGACUUCUUUGAUAAUGUUUUAAUGAAAACCAUCUUGGGUUGGUACAAUACUGCAGAUUUUUCAAAGCAAAAAUCAUAGUAAUGUAAGUUUUGAAUUUAUGAUUAGCACAGAAAAGUAUUAUGUAUCAUGUGAAAAUGCAUUACAAAAUAUAUAU